AUGAAUUAUAAUUGUUCAUCAUUCAUGAAGUCUUUAAAAUGGGAUGUAUUUACUCUGUUCAAUACUUAUUUAAUAGAUAGAGAUGAUUUAAAUUCAAUCGCUUCAAAAAACAGCAGUCAAAGUGUUUGCGAAAAAAUUCAUCAUUCAAUCUACGAAUUUCCUCCUGAUUUUUUCACCAAGGAACAAAGACGUAACGGAGCAAUAGUCAUUCACUUACUAGUGGUUGUAUACGGAUUCAUUUUUAUAUCAUUUAUUUGCCAUGGCUAUUUUCUACCAUCAAUAUUCUGUAUAUGUCUAGAUCUAGGCAUUUCGUCGGACGUGGCCGGGGCGACUUUCAUGGCAACGGCUACAUGCACUUCCGAACUGUUCGUCAACAUCAUCGGAACGUUUCUGACCGAGUCAGAUAUCGGCGUGGGCACGGUAGUAGGCAGCGGAGUGUACAACACUUUGGGCGUUUCGGCAUGCGCUGGCCUGGCUACCAAUCAGGCCAUCACUAUGGAAAAAUGGCCGCUUAUUCGUGAUAGCGGUAUUUACGUGACGGCCACAUCCGUCUUGGCCGCGAUCGCCAUCGACAACGUGAUUGUGUGGUACGAGGCGUUGGUCAUGGUCGUCAUGUACUUCGGGUAUUUCUUGUUCUUGUUCCAGCAACACAAGCUCGUGAAGACCGUCAAAGAGUUCAAAAACGAAAACCAAUUUCGAACUUGGACUUUGGUUUUUGUGCAUCUUAAGCAAUUAUUCUUAAAUGCACUGUUUUGUAAAAAAUUCACUACGGACGAAUUUCAAUAUAUUACAGCGCACAACAGUUAUUCAAACGCGUAUCAUUACGGAACAGAAUGUCAAUCACCGCCCACAAUAACGAUAAUCACGACCUCGUCGGCGUCCAGCAAAUCCGAUCAAAUAAGCAGUAUGAUAGAACCGAUUACCUCUUCACAUUCCACAUUGCCAGACAACGUAUUGCUACUAAAAAUUUGGUCGAUUUUGUGUUUGCCGAUCACGUUUAUACUUCUGGUGACAAUACCAGACUGCAAGACGAACCGGAAAUUCUACCCUUUAACGUUCAUUAUGGCUAUCGUGUGGAUCAGCGUCGUCAUGUACAUUUUGUCUUGGAUGUUAACGAUAUGCGGUGAUACGUUUCGUAUUAGCGAUAUUAUCAUGGGCAUUGGUAUUUUGGCGAUCGGCAGCAGCAUUCCCGAAGUUGUAUCGGGUAUAAUCAACGCGCGGAGAGGUGAAGGAGCUAUGAUCAUCAGCAGUGCGCUGGGCUCCAACACGAUGGAUAUACUGCUGUGCUUGGGUCUGCCCUGGUUGGUCAAGUGCCUGCUACCGGGCUCGAUGAACGGUGGUCCAAUCAGAUUGGAGACGAACAACCUGUUCUUCAACUGCAUGUGCAUGAUCGCCAGCGUGGUCAUAUUGAUCGCGGUGGCCAUCGUCUGCGAGUUCCAACUCCACAGACCAUUCGGCUUUCUGUGCCUGAUCGGUCUGAUCGUCGUCAUAUCCAUGCUAAUAAUCAACGUGUUCAAAGACCCGAGAACCGCGCGGUGUUGAACUAUUUUAUUUUUAUUUUUCGUAACCUGUCAAAUAAUUCGCGUUGUAUUCAUUCGUGUUCACGCAGUCGUGUCUCUGUGCGUUUCACUGAUAAUAAUCUGAUUUUAAUAAUCUAUACCAGCGGUCGCAAAGCAUUUGGACCUCACGAACCACUAAAUGCAUACUCAAAAUUAUACGGACCACUUUUAACUUAAAAUAGCUUAUUACAUAAAUACCGUUAAAUAAAUCGAUGAAGUAUUUUUUUUCGGUCAUA